AUGGCGGUCCUCAGGAAAAUCUGUCCUGAGUCUUUGCCCUGCUGUGUCAGCUGGUCACGGAAAUCAUCAUUUCAGGGGAAGCUCUUUAUCCUCCUCUGCGUACUUAUAGUGGAUUCUGGAGGAGCGACGACUCACUGGGUUGUCACAGAAGAUGGAAAGAUUCAACAACAAGUUGACUCCCCUUUGAACCUGAAGCAUCCACAUGAUGUUGUGAUCUUCAUGAGGCAAGAGACUCGCGUUAACUACCUCAAGAAGUUGGAGAAGCAGCUAGUGGCACAGAAAAUUCACAUUGAGGAGAAUGAGGACAGAGACACAGGGCUAGAGCAGAGACACUACAAAGAAGAUGCAGACUGCAUCAUGGCUAAGGUUCCUCUGGGAGACCUGGACCUGUAUGAUGGCACUUUUAUCUCAUUGGAAGGCAAGGACAUCAGCCCUGAAGACUAUGUGGAUUCCCAGUCAGCUCUGCCUCCAGAUCUAGAAAAGCCUGAAUGUUCAAAAGUUUUUGAACUACCUUAUAGUAUCCAUGCUUUUCAGCAUCUCAGGGGUGUGCAGGAGCGUGGGAAUCUGACCUCCCCACUUCUUUCCAAGGAGGAUCCCAUUUUUAGUGCACUGUCUCAUAAGCUGGGCCACACUGUCGAUGAGGUGGGCCACCGCAUCCAUCACGGUUUACUGAGGAAUUCAUCGUCAUGGGUGCUGUACAACAUGGCGGCAUUUUAUUGGCGUAUAAAGAAUGAGCCUCAGAAGGCUGUGGACUGUGUGGUGCGUGCUCUGCAUUUCUCCCCAAGGCAACACAAGGAUAUAGCCCUUGUCAACAUGGCCAACAUUCUGCACCGGGCCCAUUUCUCAGCAGAUGCUGCUAUUCUCGCCCAUGCUGCCCUGGACCUCACCUCAGAUCUCUUCACCAGCCACUACACCUUAGGCAAUAUUUAUGCUAUGCUUGGGGAAUACAACCACUCAGUGCUAUGUUACGAGCAGGCACUGCAGGCUCAGCCAGGCUUUGAGCAGGCACUGAGGAGGAAGCAUGCUGUGCUCUGUCAGCAGAAGCUGGAGCAGCGACUGGAAGCCCAGCACAGAUCACUGCAGCGGACGCUAAAUGAGCUAAAGGAGUACCAAAAGCAGCAUGACCACUACCUUCGCCAGCAGGAGGCACUGGACAAACACAAGCUGCUACAGGAAGAACAGAUUCUGCGCAACAUUAUCCAUGAAACCCAGAUGGCCAAGGAAGCCCAACUUGGGAACCAUCAGAUGUGCCGGUUGGGUCAGCAGCAGCGCAGCCUCUACUGCCCCUUUGAUCUGCCUGUGCGCUAUCAUCGGGGUGAUCUGUUUGAACAUGUCCACUAUGUCCAAUUUGGAGAGGAGGCAUCAGUGGCAUCCAGCGUGGCGCUUGUGUCUGAGCGUAACUCAAAUCAGACUGCAGCUAGUCCCCAGCUCCAUCCGUCUGUCUCUGGAGACCAAGACCCUGCUGCUGCCCUGUGGGGCAAUCAUCAGGAUUACACACAGGACAUACAGAGGAUGCUGUGGCCUCAGAGGACUGACUGUGCCCAUGAGUACCCAAGUGUUCCCCCUGCUCACCUGCUUCCAACCUACUACCUUCCACCUGAAACUCAGGCUCUCAGCCCAGUGGCAACUCUGCUCUAUGGGACGAGCAAUCCUCCUCAGGCAGUGACAUUGCCAGACUGUGGUCCCAUCCCCCAACCAUAUCCAGCCCUCCUGCCAGCCUCAAUAGACUGGCAGCUGGAAGAAAAGGAGGUGCCAGAUUCCUUUGCUUCCCAGAUCCUGCAGUUACGCAGUGGAGGAUGGACCCUGGAGCAGAUUGGUUCUAGAGUAGCUGAAGCUAUGACGCAGGUCACUAUACCCCGCUGGCAGGUCCUCAAUGAGGCAGCUCUAUUCUGGCGGGCCAAAGGCAAUGGCAGUCGUGCCCUACAGUGCCUGCGCCAAGUUUUGAGCUCAGCUCCAACUUCCCACCGUCACUUGCCCCUCACCAAUGCUGCUAACUUGCUGCUACACCAUCGCUUGACUACCCAUGCACAAGCACUGCUGGAGCAAGCAUUGCCACUCAACGAAACAGAGCCCCACACUCUGCUCAGCCUGGUGAGUGUGCACUUGGCCCAGGGCAAUGUGACAGGUGCUCUGGACUUGUUCCGCCACAUCCUGGUGAUGGCCCUUUCCCCCUCCUCCUCCUCCUCUUUAGCUGGCUGUGAUCAGUGUCUUUCCAGCCUACAUCUGCUGCGUUGUCUGCAGUUUUACCCAAUCCUUUACAAUCUUUCACACCGACACCCCUGCUUAGAAGGUGCUGCCUGUAUGGUUGAGGAAGACCUUGGUAUACAGCUAGAGGAAUGGGAUGAAGAAAAGCAGGAUGUACCAGCCAUUUCUCCAAUGGAAGACUCCUUACUUUUUGACAAGGUUAUCUUGGACAGUAAUGGGUCAGGUGAGACAGGUGGACAGCAUCAGAAUUCUCCCUUUGUCUCUGGAUCAGCUAAAAUGGCCACACCCUUUUCAGCUGAAGUGGAAGGGGAGGAGGAUUGGCAGCUGAAAGAGGACCUGAUGGGAGCUUUUGAGGGAGCACUCGAUGUCAGAGGCAAACGAGGGGACCUGCGAGGGAUCCGGGUGUUAAAGAAUGACCGAGUAAUGGGUGCCCGUGCUGGUGGUGGGCCCUGCUUCGGAAACUGUGAAGAUGACGAGGGAGCAGAGUGGAUCACCUUCCAGGUGAAGCGAGUCAGAAAGGCUAAGGCAGAUGGGACAGAGAGUUCUGCCAACUCUGAUGACAGCCAGAAUGGAGAGUUGCUCCCUGGAGGACACUCUGUCCUGGAGAUCAGCGGGCCAACUAUACCAUCACCUGGCCCUUCAGGUCGCUGGAGGGACUACACAAGUCUUGGCUGGCCAGGGCCAGAAGAGUGCCAGCGAACACGGAGGGUAGACCUCACCACUGUUGCAAGCACCUGGUUGGCUGUCUCUGCCAAGAACAUUGACAUCACAGACCACAUAGACUUUGCCACUCCACUCCAGGAGCCAGCAGCUGAGCCUUUAUGCAAUGCCAACCUCGCUGCCAGUAUGCACACCCUCGACCACCUGGCAGGCGUGGCCAAUCGUGCCGCCAUCCACUACACUGGAGAGAGUCAACUGCGAGAGGUCCUGCAGAACCUCGGCAAAGACAAGUUCUCCCCUCAGUCCUUUGAGCAGGUGGGAACGCGUAUAGCUAAAGUACUGGAAAAGAAUCAGACAUCAUGGGUUUUAUCCAGCAUGGCUGCUCUGUACUGGAGGGUGAAAGGUCAAGGCAAGAGAGCAAUCGACUGUCUACGCCAGGCCCUCAACUAUGCCCCCCACCAUAUGAAGGACGUGCCCCUCAUUAGCUUGGCCAACAUCUUCCAGAACGCUCGGCUAUGGGAAGAUGCCCUCACGGUCGCUCGUAUGGCAGUCGAAAUCGCCCCACACUUUGUUGUAAACCACUUUACCCUCGCUAAUGUCUAUAUAGCAAUGGAGGAGUUUGAGAAAGCCAUGCACUGGUACGAGUCCACUCUGAAGCUGCAGCCUGAGUUUGCCCCCGCCAAAGAUCGACUGAGAACCAUUCAGUGUUACCUGCUCACCAAGAGGGAACGGCGCCAGCCCUAAACCACCCGAGCAGUUCUACUCCACCGUACCCUGCCAUCUCACACACACACACACACACACAAACACACACGCACACACCUGUAAAUCAACGAUUACUCACAUAGACGUGGGAAGCAUCCAUGCGGUUAAAGGUGACGUAUCAAGAUUCAGACCCAGACUUAUAUGGCUUUUUAUCAUGAACAUCUAACUUAAAGAAUUAGGUUUGAAAUGUCACACAGAUCAAGUCUAUAAUUUUGCCCACAACUUGUCUGUCAACUGCACAACUUCUUGCUGAGGCAAGUUCAGACAAAUCCAGCUCUAGAGUAAUUUAAUUCUGCAUUAUUUUCAUCUCAUUAUGUACUGAUAGGAAGAGUAACUUGCACAGUUUUUCUUGAAGAACAUUGAGCAUCUAAGACAUAGGAAAGUACAAGUACAUUGUUCCUUUGUGCUCAAGGAGCAAACAUACUACAACCUGGAGAUGGUGCCAAGUUUUAAUUUGAUGUAUAAUAUGGGAGUUUUUACGAGAAUUGAUAUGAAACAGUGUUUGUGUUAAUCUUAUGCUCAGAUGUAAGAUAUGCACUUCUCAACUCAAAGGUUAAAUGAGAAUUGUAAAAACAUAUGCCCUCAUUACCUCUGCCUGUUAAAAUAGAUGGGAAAUCUCCGUUUCAUUUUUGCACUUUUUGUCUUUAUCAUUCCUAUUUAUAUGGGACCUACAAACUGUUUUUGCUCCAAGCCAAUCUAAACACAACAGAGAGAAAAAUUAAAAUUGCUAUUUACAUGUGCUUUUUAACUUAUGGAAAAUAUUAGGCGGUAAAAAAGGAUAUGCCUUUGACCAUCCAUUAAAAAAAAAAAGUAAAAUCUGUAUUAAUGUACAGUAUUAAAGGCAAUGUGUGGAUUUCA